AUGGCUUUGUGCCUGCCCAGCUCUGUGAUAGAUAGGCAUUGCAUCAAGAAAGAAAAGCGAGAUUUUCUUGUUUGUUCAGAUGAGUAUAUGCAAGUACAGGAACCUGGUUUCUUAUGCCGUUAUGCGACGGCGACUAGACCAUGCAUGUGUCCAGAUUAUUCCCUGCCCACUAACCACACCACCACCACUAUUAUCAUCUUGGCAGCUAUUGGUAGCCUGUAG